UCGCGAUUUCGUCACGAACGGCCGCGAUAAUGUGAACUGUUGAUCCUCGCUCACGAUACUCUUGUUUAUCCUUUACGGCAUGGUGUAAAGAAAGUGAAUAACAUUGCAAUAUGAGCUUCUUCAACUCCUUACAAGAAUAUGUCAGCAAUAGCGUCGCCGGACUCAGUCUAAGCCCAAAACGAUUUUCCUUAAGCAGAACUGACACGGCGGAACCCCCCACAGGAAUUCCCCCAGGAUCGCGUAGCAAUUCAGGUGAUAGCAACACUCCCGGUUUUCCAAAAGUUCUCCCGGCACCUGGUGCCAGUGCUCUCGUCCAAAGACGUCGCAGCACAUUGGAAUGUCUCGUACCUGCACCCCCUGUCCGAAGGCCUGGCUCCUUCAGACAGCGUUCACCAAAAGCCACUCCUGACAAACGACCUUCCUUCUGCAGUAGAAGACUGAGUUGGCCCGACAUCGAUCAUCAGGUUCGUUCGGGAGUUCAAGAAAUUGACGGGUCUUAUUUUGAGAGCUUCACGGCGCUAGCAUGGAAACAAGAAAAUCAACGACAAAGUGUGAUGAAAGCGGCUGAAGCCGCCGCUGCGGAUCCUCCACCUCAAGAAGCCGAUUUGGGUAUUGUGGCCAUUGACUACACGGCGGCCCAAAAUGAAAAAGACAAACUUUACGUGGAAAUGCUAUACACCAUUGCCAACACGGUCGGUGCUCCCGCCCCAGGAGGCCAAUAUGCACAUUACAAAGAAGACCUCUAUUUGUAUGGGCAAAGGGCAUUCGGGAUGCCGCCAGACCGGCACUACCGCAUGUUGCACCUCGCAGGAGAAGAAAAACCACCGAUUGUCGUUCUCAGCGUUGUAGUCAUAGAAGCUGAAGGACUCGAAGCUAAAGAUGCCAAUGGUUUCAGUGACCCAUACUGUAUGCUCGGAAUUCAACCGAUGGCAGCACCGUCCUCUCCUCAACCUCAGCCGCUCACCCCUAAUCGUACCCUGUCGGAUGCUUGCGCCCCCGACAUGCAGGGCAAUCAUGACAAGCUCCGGAAGCAUCACAGCUUCAAACUCAGCUUUAAAAGAAAAGACGGACGAGUUAGGGAACAACGGGACAGCAUCGUCGGUGCACUGCCCGCUAAAUUCAUUCGGGCUACUUCUGUCAAACCCCACACGCUUAAUCCGAAAUGGAACGAGAAGUUUAGAUUCGACAUAGACGAGAUCAACAGCGACUCCUUGCACCUCGACAUAUGGGACCACGACGACGAAAGUUCAGUGCUAGAAGCAGUCAGCAAACUAAACGAGGUUCGAGGAGUUCGAGGUUUGGGCAGAUUUUUCAAGCAAGUUUGUCAAUCCGCGAGACAAAGUUCUCAAGACGAUUUUCUCGGCUGUGUUACGAUUCCCCUCCAAGACAUUCCGUCUACAGGUUUAGAAGGCUGGUUUAAGUUGGAAGCUCGAUCGCAACGCAGUUCGGUCCAGGGCAGGAUCCGCCUGAAAAUGUGGCUCUCGACGCGGGAAAACCGCGGCGCCUCUGAAGAGGAUAACUGGACCGAACUGAUCCAACACGAAAGUCUUUACGCCACGUUUGUAGACUAUGAGUUAAAAAACUGGAACAGGGAAUCGUGGACUUGGAACGGCGAUCUUCCAGGGCCGGCGUUGACGAUUCUACACCAGCAUGCAGUUCAAGGAGACUUGACGGAGCUUCAAACUGCCGUAGCACGCUUUGUGGCGGCCUGUAGAGUCUAUUUGAAGCAUCCUCUGGACCCCCGUUGGAUGCUUCAAUUACUGACAGACAUUGAAAGCGCUUGGAUGAAUUUCACUUUGACGAGAGAGGAGGAAAUGUGGCUCGCAGAGAAGUUUACCGCUAUGCAAGAGAGAUGGCUGCAACAGUUGCGCCAUCACCGACAGUUGUUCCCGGCUCUUCAUCCCCCAUCUCUAGUUCGCCUCGAAUACGUUCUCCGAUGUCUUGCUUACAUGUCCAAUAUGAAAGCAUUUUGGAAAUGCUGCCCAUUCAAUAAGGAAAUCCGCGGUGAGAUAGUGGCUACCCUUCGUAAAGGGACACCUGAAUGGUUUCAAAGCCUAAAAUCGUCUAUUAUGACCUCAGAUGAAUACGACGCCUGUUUUGUUGACUUCUGCUCGGAAGUUUAUGUACAUUUGCAACACGGACUAUCUCAUUACCAUCCUCUCUUUGAGGGCACAAAUGGAAUCCCCUACUUCAGCGUGGUAUUUAAACAGCUAGAUAAGUUAAUGUCAGACGAAGUAAUCGCGUUUCUGAACCAAAACGAGCAUCCAGAUGCCGCUUACAGCCGACUUAUCUUCUCUGUUUAUUUAGAAGUGAAAGACUUGGCCACUUUUCAUCAAAAUCUGCCUUCCGGUGGCGAUCAUAAAUUAUUAUUAGUUCGUUGUCAUGAAUGGUUCGAACCGUCUGUUAGUUGUUGGUUGAUUGUAUGCAAAGCAAAAGCCUUACAAAGGGUACGAACUGCAGUCGAACUUCAAAAGCCUUGCGAUGGUGACAAAUUAGUGAAGCACAGUUCCUCUGCAGUUGAUGUAGUAGCGAUGUUUUGUCAAUUAAGAGACUUCUGGAGACUCCUUCAAUGGCCUAAGGCACAUUCCAUUCCUCUUCUGUCGCAACUUCUCGACUGUAUAUGUUCAGCAGCUUUAUUAUACGCUGAUAUAACUUAUCAAGGGUUAAUGGAAACGGGGUAUUUCGACAGAAUGGGACCUUUUAAAAUUUGCGACGAAAUGUGUAUUGCUGCCAAUAAUUUGGAAUAUGUUUACAAAUUCGUGUCUUUAUUAGAAAAUUACUUUGAUUUUGUAACACUCGAAACGAUCGCCUCGGAAAUACAAUGCGCUACUUUAACUAACCAAUUAGAUAGCACAUUAAGUCAGUUCCAAGUAAGAAUAAUAGACAUAAUAAAGCGUGUAGGGCCACAAAUGCAAGAAGCACUUAGGAAAGCCAUGUUUCAUGUCGCUUGGUCUCCAGACACUUUACCAACAAAUCAAGCUGUGGAACCUUUAUUUGAAUAUCUGCAUACACAUCUACAUGCACUCAACUUGUACUUGUUGCCUCAGAACUUCGAACGAGUCCUAUACGAUGUCUGGGAGUACACUUUAUCUGAACUCAACCAUCAAAUGGAUGGUGGGACAAACAGUGACGAGAUGCCUCCAAUGUUCCAUGAGAGACUACAUGCUGCGUUAGAACUUAUGGUUGACUUCUUUCAUUGCGAAGGAAAUGCUCUUAGUAUAGAAAGUUUACAUUCACAAACAUUUUGUCAAAUCGAACAAAGACUGCAGUAUCACAGAACGGAUACGGAAACCCUCAUAGAAAUUUUCUACAACCAAAGGCUUCAAGAACAACUUAAUACGACUAGUAGCCCCUAUGGCAGUCUUGCAGUUCGAGCGUACUUCAAUCACGACUCACUUUGCGUCGAGGUCCUGCACGCAAGAGACAUAAUUCCCUUGGACCCGAACGGCUUCAGCGACCCCUUUGUAAUAAUCGAACUCUUGCCGCAUAGAGUUUUCCCCCAUUGCAACGAACAACAAACCAAUGUACACAAGAAAACUCUUCACCCAAUAUUCGACGAAUGCUUUGAAUUUAGUGUUUCCUUGGAGCAAUGUCGUUCUCUCGGAGCCAUGAUCGCCUUUACGGUCAUGGACCACGACGUGCUCACUGCUAACGACUUUGCUGGAGAGGCUUUCCUGGCCUUGGGAAGUAUACCCGGAGUCGCCGAUACCACUGGAGUGGACAACUUCCACGGUCUCAAACCCGUUGAGCUAAUUCUUAUGCAGCAACACCAAAAAAAUCACCCUAUUCUACAGAUAUUAGAAUCUAGAGUGGCUGAUCGUUUAGCUGCCGAAUUCGUACGAAAACAGAGACAGAGAUUCGCAAAUAAAUGAACAAAUAAUCUAGUGUAAUAUAAUGUUUUGUACAUCUCUCUUCCUACGAAAUGGUUGUCAAAAUUCAAGCGCUAUUUUUUCUACGUGAUGUGUCUAUGAGACAAACUAACAAUUUUCGAACUAAAUCGCGCACUGAACAUCAUGUACAUAUUUAAAUGUAAUACAAGUAUUUUUUAUAUGUUUCACUAUUACUUAUCCAAAUUUAUAGCGGAAAUAUUGUUGGUUUGUCAGCUGCAAAAUACUUCUUGUUCAGUCUACAGACUUUUCUAAUGAGAGAACUACUUUUCUAUGACUGAUAACUUGUGUUAGAGGUAGAUUUCUUACAAUAACACGUGCAAACAACGUCAAAAAUGCCAGGGUUUUUCAUUUCUACUACUGCUGAAUCAAACUGAUCAUAUCAUCCCAGAAUAAACCAUAACUUGUAUUUUUUUAAUCCAAGGUAGGCUUUUUGGCCAUAAUACUUCAGACAAUCUGCACACAACCCAUAAAAUCGGUUUGUAUACAAAUCUGGCAUUUUAGAUGAAAGAAAUUGAUGUUGCCCUUAAAAGAAUAUGAACCUGCAUUAAGACCUAUCUCAUUUUAAGUGCACUCCCAUUUUGGCUUUCUUUGAUAUGUGAAGUCUAUACAAUCAUUUGGACAUCUUUAUAAAUCAUGUUAAAAGAGAAAAAAAAGAUGUGACUUUGACAAAUAUUAACUAUCGCAACUUUAAAUAAAAAACCUAAAUACGACAGUAAUACACUUAACGCCUGUUACACGUAUUAGAGUACCUACUUAUGUAUGUAGUACGCGUUGUUGUUCAUAAUUUUAUUACUGUCGCGCAUAAAAUUAAAAAAAUAAUUAAACUGUAAAUCCGUAACUUAAAAAAUGUAGUACGUUAUCAACGCACAUGAAACAAUCAUAUAAUUAUUUAAGAAGAUAAUUUAUAUAUACACUGUUGUUCAUAAGAGUUUAUAUGAAUUGUAAAGAACCUAUACAUAUCUUGCACACUUUACCACGCGGCAAUCAAAAUCUUUUUGCUUAUUUAUUUAUUUAUUAACGCUUUCCGACUGUGUGAUAAAUAACGAAGCUUGAGCUUUCAGACUAAAUUUAUUUUUUCACCCCUUCUUAACGAGCUUAAUGUACUGUAUGUCAAUUGAAAUCAAAAUAUUGUAUUCUAUAUAUUUAAUUAAUGUGAUAUAUCUUGUCUUUGUCUACCAAUCAAUAAAACCAAAUAAAAUACCA